AGAAGGGGGUAAUAGUAUAAGUUUGGGGAUUGGAUCCACCCUGCUAUCUUAUAUCGAUUUUCGACAUCUUAUCACAGAUUUUGGGGAAAUUAAUUAAAAUGAAUUUUAUUUUUUAAUUUACCAAAGAAAGGAACGGAAACUUCUACUUCUCACCCUUCUUUUUCUCGAUCAAACACCGACAGUGUGGCCAGAAAAAGUCUUUUGCUCGAUUCGAUUCUAUCUGUAUCUCGCCGAUCUUUCAUCAAUGGCUUCUUGCUCAGGUUGAGUUCUGCAUUUUUGUUAAAGGAACAUUGGUUGAGAGAUACUGACCGGGAACCUUGUCAGUUAUCAGAACAUAUGAAGUGCUCACUCUGUUUGAGACGUUGUCUUGAAGUUGUUUCACUUGCACUCUUACUAAACAAACUUCGCCGAGGAUUAAUUGAGGUGGGUGAAGGGAGACUGAAUUCUGAGACUAAAACUGUUUGUUUGCUAUCACAUUCGACCUGUGUGCUGGAAAAUAGAGAACAAAGACUACUAUGGCUGAGGGCAAGGAGCUUAUUGAGCUUAAGUUCCGCAUUUAUGAUGGAACAGAUAUAGCACAUAGUACUUACGCAUCCUCUAUGACUGUUGCAACCCUUAAACAAAAGAUUGUUGCUGAGUGGCCACAAGACAAAACCGUCAUACCAAAGUCAAUAAAUGAUUUGAAGCUCAUACAUGCUGGUAGAGUUCUGGAAAACAACAAAUCACUCGCUGAUUCCAGGAUAACCUUUGGUGACCUUCCUGUUGGUGUUAUCACCAUGCACGUGGUGGUGCAGCCCACUAUAGCAAAAAAUAAAACAGAAAAGAGCAAGGAGGAUAUGCAGAAGCUGAAUUCAUGCCGGUGUGUUAUCCUUUAAUUAAUCCAUAGACAUGUUUCCCACUAGUUUUUCAACUUAUCAUCUGUAUAGUGGCUGCUUUGUUACUGUGAUUACUCAGGUUACGGAGUUCUGUAACCAUCCUCUUAUCAGUAAAAUUAGGCUAUUCAGAAGUACAUUUUGUAAAAGCUACGAUUGUACAGAUGAAUCAAAUGCAUUUUCAGACA